ACGAUGGCGCUAUCUGAACCUGCUGGCAGCAGGUGUACUUAAGGCAGUCUACUAGCAGCAACGAGACGACAGAACACGAUGGCUACCAAACCUGUUAUUUUCGUCGUGGGUUACGGACCUGGUAUCUCGGAAGGUGUUGCGGAGCUCUUCGCUUCGAAAGGAUUUAAAGUGGGAAUCGCUUCCCGCACUGAGUCCAAGCUCUCUGCUGCGUCUGAGAGCCUCAAUGCCAAAGGCGCAACAGUCGCGACAGCCGUGAUCGACGUGUCGUCCAACCCCUCCGUCAUCUACGGCCUGAGCAAGCUAACAAUCGCACUCGGAGCACCAAACGUACUGGUGUUCAACGUCGGUAGUAACGGCCCGCCUGGGACAGACUUGGGGCCAAAGCCGCUCGAGGAGAUCACCCCUGAGAUAUUUGAGAAGCAUUGGAGGAUCUCUGCUCUGGGAGCGCUGCAUGUUGCCCGUUGGUCGGUGGACCAUCUAGUACCGUUUGAUGGGAAGAAGACGCUGAUUUUCACUGGCGGUGGGCUCGCCAAGGACCCAAGGCCGAACCAUGCUGGUCUAGCGGCGGCAAAGGCAGCAAUGCGCAACCUCUCCCGAGUAUACUACAACGUACACAAGCCGAACGGACUGCACGUCGGCCUUGUCACUGUGCGCGGGUUUGUCACUCCUGAGAGUGACAAAUGGAGCCCGAAGCUCAUCGCAGAGCAGUACUGGAAGUUGUAUGAGGAGAAGGACCCAGAGAGCUGGACAUGGGAAAUCGAUUACUAAGUGUAUUGCUAUUCCCUGUUAUAUCCGUGUGUACUUGUGAGAGAAGAAUGGAAAUUGGUCUGUGG